AUGAACAUGUCAAUUAAAAAAGGGGGAUAUCAAAUACAAAAUAAAAAGAUUUUUAACAAAAACCAUGGAAACAAAGUGAAGAAGAACAGGAAAGGAAAACAUGGCAGGAAGAAUGAUGGGAAGGACCACGUCGACGAGAGAGCCCAGUUGCAGAAAGAUAUCGAUGAGAAGUUAGAAGCUCUUGUUGAGGAAAAUAAAAGAAAACAAUACGAAAAGCAAUGGAAAAAGCACUUUGAAAAAGGCCAAGAGCCCAGUGAUAGCCCCAACAAGGGGAAAAAUGGCGAAGAUGAGAGCAACAAGACUGGAAAUAGCACCCACAAUAGUGACAAAAAAAAAGAAAAGAAUAAGGUUUAUAAAAAUAACCUAACGAUCAUAGACAAAAAUGUUCUGACCGAGCACGAGUUUAAGGCAUUACCAAUAAGUAAACGUACCCUAAGAGCUCUAAACGAAAACAAUUUUGUGCACAUGACAAAUAUACAGGCAGUGUCUAUCCCUAUCGUUUUGCUAAAUAAGCACAUCUACGCGCAGGCACAAACGGGAACUGGAAAAACGCUAUGUUUCUGUGUCCCACUGGUGGAAAAACUGUACAGAAAUAGCAUCGAUAACUACAAUCGCAUUUUGGGAGGGCUGAUAAUUACCCCAACGAGGGAGCUGGUGUUUCAAAUUUUUGAAGUUCUAAAUAUGUUAAAUAAAUAUCAUAAGCUAAAUAUAUGCUGUGCGAUAGGAGGGAAGGAUGAAGAGAGAGAGAAAUCAAUUUUUAGUUACGCAAACAUUAUUGUUUGCACAACGGGCAGAUUACUGUACCACUUGGAAAACAACUACUACUGCAACUUGGACUACUUAAGCACCCUCGUGAUUGACGAAAUUGACAAAUUAAUUGAUAGCAGUUUUUACGACAAUUUGAAGAAUAUUCUGUUAUACAAGCCGAAAGAGAAUUGCCAAAUCUGUCUAUUCUCAGCCACGAUUUGUAAAUUUUUAAGCAUCAUAUUGAGAACCUUCAACAUUAAGGACUACGAAUAUGUUAGCAUCAACGACAACGACAAAUACAUCGAGAGUAACAACGUGAAGCAGGUCUACAUCGAGUGUGAUAUUUAUAGCAAAAUCAACUAUUUGUAUACUUUUUUGUUUUCAAAAAAGAACAAAAAGAUAAUUGUUUUUUUCUCCACAUGUAAGCAAGUUCGAUUUAUGUAUGAAGUAUUUAGAAAAAUCAAAGUUGGUGUAAUGAAGUUUUUACAACUGCAUGGGAAGUUAAAACAAACAAGCCGCUUAAACACGUACCAUUUUUUUUCCAAAAAAAGAAAUUUCGUAUGCUUAUUCACCACCGAUAUCGCUUGCCGAGGUUUGGACUUCGCCUCUGUAGACUGGGUCAUCCAUUUUGAUUUUCCAGAAAAUGUGGAAACCUUCAUUCACAGGUCAGGUAGAACGGGAAGAUUCACCAAUGUAGGUAACAGUCUCAUCUUCCUAACCACAGAAAUUGAUAACAAGAAAAUUUUCUUAAACGUGCUAAAAGAAAACAACAUAGAAAUUAAGGAAAAAUUUAUCAAAAAAAAUAAGCUGUUUGACAUUAACAAUAAAAUACACUCUCUAAAUGCUGCCUUUGUCGAUAUAAAAUAUUUGGCCAAAAAGGCCCUCAUCAUUUAUCUGAGGCAUUUGUAUAUUGUCAUGAAAUUUAAGGACAUAAAGAAGCUGAACCUUAAUCAGCUGGCCUACUCAUAUGGGCUCAUCGAAUUUUCCCAAUGCAUGAUGGAGGAGUUGAACAUAGAUGAUCACCAGAAGGUCGAAGUUAAAAAGAAGAGGUCCCGUUUUGAGAAAUUUAUGGAAAUACUAAAAAGGAAGAAGUUGAAGGGGGGAAAUGCACCCGUGGAGGGGGAGAAAAGCGAAGGUGAUGUUCCCUCACAUGAACCUGAUGGUAGACAGGGCACGGGGGACAACUCCCCAAGAAAUGCCCCACAGCUACCAGAUUUGGACGCAACAGAGGAAGAAGAUUUAUUUAUUCAAAAGGAGGCCCAAAUUGAGGACGACUCUCCAGUGAUGUUACCAACCAAAAAGAGAAAGAAGCGAGUGAAGGUGGCCAAAACGCUAAGCAGGAGUGUGCUCUAUGAUGACAGCGGAAAUGAAAUCAAUGACGACGGGGUGAAGUUAAAAAUUUUGGUGAACGACUUGAAUGAGAACACGAAAGAGGAUGCGCAGGACACGGAAUGCGAAUACGAUGGUGACGAUGCGCAUGAAGGCAAAGAUCGAUAUCAAGGUGGUGACCAGAAUGCUGGUACUACCCCUGGUGGAAAUACCUACAUUCAGUUGCUGAGGGAAAAAAUUCAAAGGGAAAACGAGAAAAGAAAAAUGAGCAAGCUAAGAUAUGAAGACCUAAGUGACGAUGCGAAUAACUCCGAGGAGUAUUCAGACGCCGCGACAGAUUCACCUACCGAUGAAAGUGACGAAUCGGAAAGUUCUCAGAGUGACCAAACUUCAGACGAAAAGUUGGAGGGAAGAAAAGAUAACCAUUCUGUGAAAAGGAAAAAGGCCUUACUGAAUAAGGGCAAACUGAAGGAUACUCCGGAGGAAAAUGCAAAUGAAGAUAUAUCCGACUUGGAAAGUAAAGUGAUGCAGUUUUUAUAG